UUAAAAAAUAAAAAAAUGAUAUCAUUACACAUCUAAAAAUAAUUGAAAUCAGCUAAUUUAUUCAAUCCCUAUCUUUCUUUUAAUUUUUCAAAUGUUUUGUCAAACUUUAUAAAUGGAGAAUGGAAAUCUUCAAAAGCAACAUAAUUUUUUGAAGUAAGAAAUCCAAUUACAUAAGAACUUAUAUCAAAAGUGCCUUAAUCAACACCUGAAGAAUUUAAUGAGGCUGUUUAAUGUGCAUAGAAUGCAUUUUAAACAUGGAGUCAAACACCUCUAUUAGUAAGACAAAGAUAUAUGCUAAAUUUAUAACAUAGAAUACGAGAAGAUACAGAUAAAAUAGCUAAAAUAAUAACUUAAGAAAACGGAAAGACCUUAAUUGAUUCUAAAGGUGAUAUCAUUAGAGGAUUAGAAGUAAUUGAACAUUCAUGCGGUAUUUCUCAUGUAAUGUAAGGAGAAACAAUACCUAAUGUUGCAAAAGGAGUAGAUAUGUAUUCUCAUAGAGUCCCUUUGGGAGUAUGUGCUGGCAUAUCAGCUUUUAAUUUUCCGUGUAUGAUACCUUUAUGGAUGAUACCUUAUGCAAUAACAUGUGGAAACACAUUUAUAAUAAAACCAUCGGAAAAAGUUCCAGGAACAGUUUAACAUAUUAUGAAUAUAAUGAAUGAAAUUGGAAUUCCUAAAGGUGUAAUAAACGUUGUACAUGGAGGAUUUGAUACUGUCAAAUAAAUAACUGAACAUCCAGAUAUUAAAGCAAUUUCAUUUGUAGGUGGAAAUAAAGCAGGAGAAUUUAUCUAUUAAAAUGCUUCUAAAAAUUUAAAAAGAUGUCAAGUUAAUAUGGGAGCUAAAAAUCAUGGUGUUAUUAUGCCUGAUUGUGAUAAGUAAGAUGCUUUGAAUGCACUUGUCUCUGCUGCAUUUGGUGCCGCUGGAUAAAGAUGUAUGGCUUUAUCGGUUGCUGUUAUGGUAGGAGAUAGUAUUAAUUGGCUUCCUGAAUUAGUUGAAAAAGCUAAAAAACUAAAAGUAGGAAAUGGUAUGGAUGAAGGUGUCGAUUUGGCUGCUUUGUGUUAUCCUGAAUUAAAAAAAAGAGUUAUUGAGCUUAUUGAUAGUGCUGAAUAAGAAGGAGCUAAAAUACAUUUAGAUGGUAGAACUUAUAAAAACUAAAAAUAUCCUAAUGGAAAUUUUGUUGGACCUACUGUUAUUAGUGGAGUAAAAGCAAACAUGAAGUGUUAUUAAGAAGAAAUUUUCGGGCCUGUAUUAUGUGUUGUACAUGUAAAUACUUUAGAUGAGGCUAUCAAAUUUAUAAAUAGUAAUUAAUAUGGAAAUGGAUGUGCUAUUUUCACUAAAAGCAUGUCUUAUGCAAGACACUUUUAACAAUUUAUUGAAUGCGGGUAAAUCGGUAUUAAUUUGCCUAUUCCAGUACCUCUUCCUAUGCUUUCAUUUACAGGAAAUAAGAGAUCUUUUGCAGGAGACUUGAACUUUUAUGGAAAAGCUGGGGUUAAGUUCUAUACUUAAAUGAAAACUGUUACUUCAAGAUGGAAAGAAGAAACAGAUGCAGCAUAUAAUGUUUCAACUUCCAUGCCUUUAAUGAAAUGAAAAAAUUAAAUAUUUAAAUAUUUCGUAUAUAAAAAUUAUAUAGUUGCUUAAUUUAAUUAAUUUCAUGUUUUUAAAUUAAAUUUAUUGAUUUCAUUUUAUUU